CGGUUGUUCAGUAGAAGUUAUUGCUAGCUACCCGUGUAGCUUAAUUUGUAUUUCACAAAGGCUCUUCUUUGCUGUUUAUAGAACUAAAGGAACUUAAUUUUACAGUUGUAGAAAUUAUUUUGCCACUUUAUGCCCAUUAUCCUGCCUUUGCGAGGUUUUAAAAUGUUUAGCAGCAGCACGGAGGAGGUGUCCGGCGGGGAGGCCUCAGAAUGCGGACAGACGUGGGGUUUGACCUCGGCGGACAGAAACGGACUGAACGAAACUACCUCAUAUGGUCCCGCAUCAGUUUCAUCCUCUCAGCAAAGUUUAAAUGGAGACAGUUCGAGGUCCAGUCACGGUCCAUCUCUACCGAGAAUAGCCUCAGUAGGUCAGUUUCACAACAGCUUCUGGAUAGGGAGGACAACUUCAUCGCUCGUCUCGACUUCAGACAGCUCCUCUUUCCGCAAUCGUGGAGGAACACCUGGACUCCGACGGACCCCAGGAUCUGCUGGGGCAACAGGCACAAGUUGCUCAUCUGGAUCCACAACCACUAGUGCCUCUGUGAUUGUGGCAGUGGUUGAAGGCCGUGGUUUGGCCAGGGGAGAGAUAGGCAUGGCCAGUGUGAACCUGAAAUGUCCAGAGCUUGUACUCUCUCAGUUUGCAGACACAGGGACGUAUGCCAAGGUCAUAACCAAGAUUCACAUCUUGGUCCCAGUGGAAAUACUGAUGCCAGACACAGCCAGUGAGAAGGGAAAAGGGACAAAACUGUUCAAACUUAUCAGUGAGAAUUUCCCGUGUGUAGCUUUCACUGCAAUCCAACGCAAGUAUUUUAAUGAGAGAAAAGGACUGGAGUACAUUCAGCAGCUGUGUGCCCCAGAAUUUGGCACCGUCCUCAUGGAAGUGCAGGCUAAGUAUUAUUGCCUAGCAGCUGCAGCUGCUUUGCUGAAAUACUUGGAGUUCCUCCAGAACUCUGUCUACGCUGCCAAAUCUCUUAAAGUGAGCUUUAAAGGGAGUGAACAGACAGCCAUGAUUGACUCAACAUCUGCCACUAACUUAGAGUUGGUGGUCAAUAAUAGAGACCACAGAAGUGAGCAUACCCUUUUAGGAGUACUCAACCACACAAAAACACCUGGUGGUGCUAGAAGGUUGCGCUCCAAUAUUCUGGAGCCUCUGGUUGAUGUGGACACCAUCAACAUACGCUUGGACUCCAUACAAGAGCUGCUGCAGGAUGAGGAGCUCUUCUAUGGCCUGAAGAAUGCUAUAGGUCAUUUCCUUGACAUAGACCAGCUGCUGUCUGUCCUUGUCCAAAUCCCAAAGCAGGAAACAAUUCAAGUUGCUGAAGCAAAGAUUACACAUGUCAUUCAGCUGAAGCACACUCUGGACCUUGUGCCACGUUUAAGGAUGGCACUGAAGAACUGCAACACAGCUCUUCUCAAGGCAUACAGUACCGCACUGGAAGAUAACAGGUUUGACAUGAUCCUAGAGCAGAUCAAGACGGUGAUAAAUUAUGACACCACGUACCUGAAAGGGAGCCUAAACAUGCGCACCCAGAAGUGUUACGCUGUGCGCCCUAACAUCAAUGAGUUUCUUGACAUUGCCCGGAGAGCUUACACUGAGAUAGUGGAUGACAUUGCAGGGCUUGUUAACCAGUUGGGGGAGAAAUACGUUUUGCCAUUGCGUACUAGCUUCAGCACGACCCGAGGUUUCUUUAUCCAGAUGAAGCUAGAAGGAAUAGUCUUACCUGAAGGGAAACUCCCCCCAGAAUUCAUCAAGGUAACCAAGCAAAAGAACAACUAUGGCUUCACCACUGCAGACCUGAUGAAGAUGAAUGGCCGCUGUGAUGAGGCCCUGAGGGAGAUCUUCCACAUGUCCUAUGUGGUGAUAUGUCAACUGCUUAGCACCAUCCAUGAGCAUAUUCACUGCCUGUAUAAGCUCUCUGAUGCUGUAUCCAUGUUGGACAUGUUGCUGUCACUGGCCAAUGCAUGCACCAUCUCAGACUAUGUGCGCCCAGAGUUUACAGACACACUGGCCAUCAAGCAGGGUCGUCACCCCAUUCUGGAGCGAAUAGCUGGACAGCAGCCUGUAUCAAACAAUAGCUACAUCUCUGAGGGCAGCAACUUUGUCAUCAUAACAGGACCCAACAUGAGCGGCAAAUCCACUUACCUCAAACAGGUGGCGCUGUGUCAGAUCAUGGCUCAGAUAGGCUCUUUUGUCCCUGCUGAGUACGCUUCUAUUCGUGUGGCCGAUCAGAUUUUCACCAGAAUUGGAGUAGAUGAUGAUUUUGAAACUAACUCUUCCACCUACAUGUUGGAAAUGAAGGAGAUUUCAUACAUAAUCCACAACGCAAGUGACAGGUCCCUGAUCAUCAUUGACGAGUUGGGACGUGGUACCAGUGCUGAGGAGGGCAUCGGCAUUUGUCACUCAGUUAGUGAGUUCCUCCUUAGCCGAAAGGCGUUCACUCUCUUUGCUACGCACUAUCUUGAACUGUGCCAGCUUGAGUCUCUUUAUCCCAACGUGGAGAACCAGCACAUGGAGGUUCAGCAUACACGCAUCGGUGACGCUGGUGCUGAAAGAGUGGUGUACACAUAUUUGCUAAACCGAGGAUGCUCUGAAGAAAGGCACUAUGGUUUGAGAGCAGCAGAACUGACUACCCUUCCCUCAAGUUUAAUCCAAGAGGCCAAGACACUUGCCUGUAAAGUUAGCCAGCAGCUAUUGGCCAAACAUCACAGAGAUCCAGAAACUCAGAGGCAGAGAGCUGUGUACCACCUGGCCACCCGCCUCCUGCAGACUACCAGAAACUCCAGACUGGACCCUGACAGCCUGCGUAUGUAUCUGAAGGGACUGAAGAAGCAGUAUGAGGCUGAGCUGCAGGCUGCAGGGCCGUCAGUAUCCAUUGAUGCAGAGGAGGAAUGACUGACUCAGUCUUACAGCCUGGAGGAACUCUGAUACACUAUGAAAAAUGAAAAAUUGUUGUCUAAUAAUCAAUACAGGCCACACCUAAUUCAAAAAUUGGCCUAUUUGAUAUGAAAUUGAUUUAUAAGAAUUCUAAUGGUAAUGUUAUUUGGCUGUCUUUACAAUAUAACACCAUAAUAGUUAAUUGCUGUAAUCUGUGCAGGUGCUGGAGAAAUAUAGUUCUGACAUCUAAAAUAAUUAAAAAUGAUUGAUGAUUAAGAGUUGCUGUCCGCUACAAUGCAUAGGCUACAGGAAGUUCUAUAGUUUCUAUAUUAAAGUGCUUUUUGGCAGGGCUCAUGCGGUUACUCAGCAUAAUUGACGAAGUUGAUGCAUUUUAAUUGAUGCCUGUAUUUAUGUAUUUAUUUUUUAUUUCAGUUCAUCAUAAAUGUUUUCCUUCAUUAUCACUCUGCAGUUAUUACAUCCUGA